GGAUUUCCGCUUCCGUCUUCUCCCUCCUCUUGGUUGUCCUCGGAUCGCAGCUGCCACCACAGCGUCCGCUGCUGGGUGCGGUGUCUGUGAGUCGGUUGGUUUGUCUCUCAACGUCAGUGUCCGUGCCGUUGAACUACCUGCCAUGGCUGAGGUAGAUCCGUUCGGUGCUCCCGCCGUCACUCCAGGCGGUCCCGCGCUGGGGAACGGAGUGGUCGGCGCAGGUGAAGAAGACCCCGCCGCGGCCUUCCUGGCCCAGCAAGAGAGCGAGAUUGCGGGCAUCGAGAACGACGAGGCCUUCGCCAUCCUGGACGGCGGCGCUCCCGGGCCCCAGCCGCACGGCGAGCCGCCGGGGGGUCCGGAUGCUGUUGAUGGAGUGAUGAAUGGUGAAUACUAUCAGGAGAGUAAUGGUCCGACAGACAGUUAUGCAGCUAUUUCGCAAGUGGAUCGAUUGCAGUCAGAGCCUGAAAGUAUUCGUAAAUGGAGAGAAGAGCAAACAGAACGCUUGGAAGCUCUUGAUGCUAAUUCUCGGAAGCAAGAAGCAGAGUGGAAAGAAAAAGCAAUAAAGGAGCUAGAAGAGUGGUAUGCAAGGCAGGACGAGCAGCUACAGAAAACAAAAGCAAACAACAGGGUGGCAGAUGAAGCUUUCUACAAACAACCCUUCGCUGACGUGAUUGGUUAUGUCACAAACAUAAACCAUCCUUGCUACAGCCUAGAACAGGCAGCAGAAGAAGCCUUUGUAAACGACAUUGACGAGUCUUCCCCAGGCACUGAGUGGGAACGGGUGGCCCGGCUGUGUGACUUUAACCCUAAGUCCAGCAAGCAGGCCAAAGACGUCUCCCGCAUGCGUUCAGUCCUCAUCUCCCUCAAGCAAGCCCCCCUGGUGCACUGAAGAGCCACCCUGUGGAAACACUACAUCUGCAAUAUCUUAAUCCUACUCAGUGAAGCUGUUCACAGUAAUUGGAUUAAUUAUGUUGAGUUUUUUUGGACCAAACCUUUUGUCUUUAGAGUUGAUCAUUGUUUGUGAUUGCAUGUUUCCUCAGCUGCGUUCUCCCCACAUUCAGAGAGGAGGGAGGGGAAGAGGGAGGGAAGCCUCCCAACAGUAGCCUCACCUGAGCUUUUGUGCAUUCUGAGAAUAAAUUUGUUUCAAACCAUAAA